AUCCGGCGAAGCCAGCGAUGGGGUUCCUGGUGACCUCGGGCAUCUUCCUCCUGGCCGGCGUCAUCGGCUGCCUCUUCUCGCUCCUCUGCUGCAACCGCGGACCCUCCACCAACCUGUUCCAUUUGACUCUGGUUAUUACCGCUACAGUUUGCUGUUGGAUGAUGUGGGCAAUCGUCUAUCUUGCGCAGAUGAAGCCUCUGAUCAACCCCAUCCUGAGCGGCGAGUGAGCCGUGCGCUAAAGAUAAUUUAUGAUCCAGUCAUGAUGUAUUAUUGUUUGGUUGAGAACUUCUAUUCAUUUUGCGAAACUGAAAUAAAAAACCACUGUGAGAUUUUGCUACUCUUCCUCGAGGAGGAAUGCUGUGAUUAGUGUAUGCAAUUGUAUUAUAUACACAAUAAUAAUGAUGAUUCUGUUUAUCCCUGCCACCCCUUUGUUGUUA